AACGAGCUCUGGAAAAUCAACCCUCAUAAAUCUAAUAAUCGGUGAGGAUAUUGUGCCAACGGAUACCAUGGCAACGACAACAAGAGUGUGUAGAAUCAGGUAUUCAGACAAAAGAAAAGUAUCAGUGCUUGGUAAAGACGGGAACGUUUUAGUUCUAUCAGAAUUUAAUGAUGAAGAAGAAUUGAGUGAGAUGUUGGAAGAUGUAGCUAGAACUUGUGACCAACAAAUAGAAUAUAUAGAUAUUUGGUUUCCGGUACCAAUAUUGAAGGGUAACAUUAUAAUAGUUGAUACACCUGGAAAGGGAGACACAGGACGACAUGAUGUGGCGAAUAAGAUGCUGGAUUAUCUACCAAAUGCAGUUGCUUUUAUAUUUGUUGUAAACGUUGCUGCAGCAGGUGGAUUUCAGGAUGACAGGCUUCCACAUAUUAUCAAACAUGUGAGGCAAUCGAUGAGUCGAAUGUACAGUUUCGAUCCUCAAGAUGCAAUCUUCCUGCUCAACAAGUGGGAUACAGUUAUUCCACCGAAAAGAAAGCGAAAGAAAGAUCUCUACGAAGAUCUGAAAGAAAAAGUUCAUGAGAUGUGGGAGGAUGUGAAAGAUACUAAUAUUCUGAAAUUUGCCUCGGCUAAGGUUCAUAAAGAAGAAGUCUACACUGUAGAAUUCGAAACAUUUCAUGAAAUUCUCAAAGAAGUCAUAACCAGAAAUGAAUUCAAAAGAGUAACAGUUCACUUGAGAUUUAUAGAAUCCUUUGUUGAUGACUGUGAAUUAUGUCUUUCCAUCAAGCUCAAAUGUGCUAGACGAAGUACAGAAGAGACAAUAAAGGACCUGGAUAAGCUUUGUAGAGAUCUACAAGUUAUCAAUGAUAAAAGAAAGAAGGCAUACUCAAGUCUCCAAAGCAGUAUUGAAACAUUUCUGGAUGAAACUGCAGAGGAUCUUAAGCAGUAUAUACACAGCACAGACUUCAAAAACAUUGUUCUUCGAGGAACGGAGAAAUUUACGCACUUCACGAUUGGACGAGAACUGGAUAAUCGAAUAGAAAAGGCAACCCUUUCUUGGCAAGAAGAAAAUGUUGGAGUGAUGUUUGAAAAGAAGAUACUACAAAACCUUACAGAAAACUUUAUUGAACUUCAUGAAUAUUUGCACAAGAUUAAAAACAAAAUGAGAGGAUUAAAGUCCCCUUUUAACGUCGAAGACAAACUUGGUCCACUUCUUGUUUCAUUGAUAGCUCCCAGUAGUACAGAUGUAGCUGGGAGCAUGGCAAAGACGUAUAUGUCUGUGAAUCCUAAGGCUGCACAAGCAGUAGCAGCGACCGGAAUUGUGACUGGUUUAGUAAUUACUAGGCUAGUUGCGUUAAAUGUUCUUGAGAAUUUUGAAACCGUCACAAAAAAUGCUUACCAGGCUAGAAUAAACAAAAUGACAAAUGAAAUAAUAAGAAAAACAUUACAAGACACGUAUGCAGAAAGAUUUCAACAUGUCCUGAAGGGCUAUCUUGAGGGAGAUUUAAAAAGAGAAAUCGAUGUUCUAUCGGAGAGUGUUAGAAUAAACAGAAAUAAGAUUAACUUGUACAAAGAAGAAGAGUCAAAGUUGCUUUCUCUGAGCUCAGAAAUUUCAGAAAUUCGAAACCGAUUGGAAGAAUUAAAAAAUGUUGAAAUAAAACUUGGCUGA